AUGAAAUGUGAUUCGAUUUCGAAGUGGGUUUUUUGUUUCUUGAUUGUGGUGGUGUUUCUUGGAUGUGGGCUUGUGAAGUGUAGUGUGACUUAUGAUAAAAGGGCCUUGAUUAUCAAUGGGCAAAGAAGGAUUCUCUUUUCUGGCUCCAUACAUUACCCCAGAAGCACACCUGAGAUGUGGGAAGAUCUGAUAAAUAAGGCUAAGGAUGGAGGGGUUGAUGUGAUUGAAACUUAUGUAUUCUGGAAUGUUCAUGAGCCUUCUCCUGGCAAGUAUGAUUUUGAAGGAAGAUAUGAUCUGGUGAGGUUUGUGAAGACCAUACAGAAAGCUGGGCUAUACGCUCAUCUCCGAAUUGGGCCGUAUGUAUGUGCGGAGUGGAAUUUCGGGGGGUUUCCAGUUUGGCUGAAGUAUGUACCAGGGAUUAGCUUUAGGACGGAUAACGAACCAUUCAAGAUGGCUAUGAAAGGGUUCACGGAGAAAAUUGUGAACUUGAUGAAGAGUGAAAAUCUGUAUGAUUCUCAGGGUGGCCCCAUUAUUCUCUCGCAGAUUGAAAACGAAUAUGGUCCACUAGGGAAGCAAUAUGGUGCCUCUGGACAGAAGUAUUUGAAUUGGGCAGCAGAUAUGGCCGUUAAAUUGGAUACGGGAGUUCCAUGGGUGAUGUGUAAGGAAGAUGAUGCCCCUGAUCCAGUGAUUAACGCAUGCAACGGUUUUUACUGUGAUGCUUUCACCCCAAACAGACCUUACAAACCCAUGAUUUGGACUGAGGCAUGGACUGGCUGGUUUACAGAUUUUGGUGAUCCAAUUCAUCAGAGACCGGUAGAGGAUUUGGCCUUUGCUGUAGCUAAAUUCAUACAAAAUGGGGGCUCAUUUGUUAAUUACUACAUGUAUCAUGGAGGCACAAAUUUCGGUCGUUCGGCUGGAGGACCUUUUGUUACCACGAGCUAUGAUUAUGAUGCUCCACUUGAUGAAUAUGGUUUUCCCAGACAACCUAAACAUGGUCACCUAAAAGAGCUGCAUAAAGCAGUUAAACUCUGCGAGAAAGCUCUGGUUUCAGCGGACCCCACAGUGAACUCAUUAGGAAGCCUUCAGCAGGCUCAUGUAUACUCCUCAAAAUCAGGAGAUUGUGCGGCCUUUCUUGCGAAUUAUAACAGUAACUCUGCAGCUAAAGUCUUGUUCAAUAACGAGCAUUAUAGCCUGCCUCCUUGGUCAAUCAGCAUUCUCCCGGAUUGCCGGAAUGUAGUCUUCAAUACAGCUAAAGUUGGAGUCCAAACAUCACGAUCGGACAUGUUACCUACAAAUACCGAAAUACUCUCGUGGGAAACAUAUAGUGAGGAUCUGUCUUCAUAUGACGACCACUCGGCAUUUUCAGCACUUGGUCUUUUGGAACAGAUUAAUGUCACGCGAGACACUAGCGAUUAUCUGUGGUACACUAUGAGUGUUGAUAUUGAUUCAUCAGAGAGAUUCUUGCAUGGCGGUGAUUAUCCAACCCUUAUUGUGCAAUCUGCUGGUCACGCUCUGCAUGUUUUCGUGAAUGGAGAGCUUUCUGGUUCUGCAUUUGGGACACGGGAGCAUAGGAGAGUUACGUUCAAAGAUAAAAUCAACCUACGUGCUGGAUCGAACACGAUAUCGCUACUGAGUGUGGCUGUUGGGCUGCCGAACGUCGGGGGACAUUUCGAGACAUGGAACACUGGUAUUCUAGGCCCUGUUGCAUUGCGUGGGCUCGACAAGGGAAAAUGGGAUUUGACUUGGGCAAAAUGGACAUACCAGGUCGGGCUCAAAGGAGAAGCCAUGAAUCUCAUCUCCCCAGAGGGUGUUUCUUCAGUCGACUGGAUGAAAACUUCACUAAUUGCACAAAACAAGCAGCCUUUAGCGUGGCACAAGGCUUAUUUUGAUGAACCGGACGGCAAUGAGCCGUUGGCUCUGGACAUGAGUAGCAUGGGGAAAGGUCAGCUGUGGGUCAACGGUCAAAGCCUCGGACGAUAUUGGACUAUGUAUGCUGCUGGUAAUUGUGAUGCGUGCAGUUACACGGGCAUUUUCAAGCCGACAAAGUGUCAAAUUGGGUGUGGACAACCAACUCAGAGAUGGUAUCAUCUACCACGGUCUUGGUUAAAACCGUUGCAAAAUCUUGUCGUGCUCUUCGAAGAACUCGGUGGGGACCCCACAAAAAUCAAUCUCGUCAAGAGAUCAGUCACGAGCGUCUGUGCAGAUGUCUCCGAGUAUCAUCCGAAUUUCAAGAACUGGAAAACCGAAGGCUAUGGCAAAACACAGGACUUUCACGGACCUAAAGUAAGACUUCACUGUGGGCCCGGACAAUCGAUUUCGUCGAUAAAGUUUGCUAGUUUUGGUACUCCAUCAGGAACCUGUGGGAGCUUUCAGCAAGGAACUUGCCAUGCUCCUGAUUCGCAUUCCAUCCUAGAGAAGAAGUGCAUUGGGCUACAGAGAUGCUCGGUAGCUAUUUCAAACACUAAUUUCAGAAAAGACCCGUGCCCUAACGUGCUAAAACGGCUAUCAGUUGAAGCCGUGUGUGCCCCUUCUAAUCAACAUGCAUAA